GGGAGCUGAAGCAGGAAGGAAGGCAGGCAGAGAGGGAAGGGAGGCAGGCUGUGAAUGCUAACAAGCCCCGUCGUAAUCAUACAGCUCCGUAGGUAGGCUUUGAUAAAAAAAAAAAAAUAAAAAAAAACCGUCUUGCAAUGGAGAGGAACGACGACCACUAUUAAACACCUACUAUGCGCCAGUGCCGCGUUCGCCCUGUGCGCGUGCAGCAGCCUCACAGUCGUCGGCACGUUUGAUCAGAAAAAACCGUCUUUUUCCGCUGAGUGAAAUGUAUCGCGACUGCUCGGGAUUCACAUUCUGACAAUGGAGAUUGAAAAUAUCGUGGCCAACACGGUUCUCCUGAAGGCAAGGGAAGGUGGAGGAGGGAAGAGGAAUGGUCGCAGUAAGAAAUGGAAGGAGAUGCUGAAACUCCCCCAUAUCAGCCAGUGUGAGGAGCUACGCCGCAUUAUCGAGAGGGACUACACCAGUCUAUGUGAGAAGCAGCCCAUUGGUCGGCUGUUAUUCCGUCAGUACUGUGACACCAGGCCAGAACUGAAGCGCUGCAUUGAGUUUAUGGAUGCUGUGGCCAUGUACCAGCUAGCUCCUGACGAGAAGAGGAGGGACUGUGGACUGAAUGUUUUAGACACAUACUUUAAUAAUGGGUCGGCAGCCCAUCUGCCAGACGUACCCCAGGAUGUGGUAGCUGGGUGUCGGGAGAGGCUGGAGCAGAGUCCGUGUAAGGAGCUCUUCAAUGACUGCACCAAAAUAGUUCGUGAUUAUUUGAGUGGAGCUCCAUUUUCCUCCUACCAGGAGUCCAUGUACUUCUCUCGCUUCCUGCAGUGGAAAUGGUUGGAGAGGCAACCAGUAACCAAAAAUACCUUCAGACAUUAUAGAGUACUAGGAAAAGGUGGAUUUGGCGAGGUUUGUGCCUGCCAAGUACGUGCCACCGGUAAGAUGUACGCCUGUAAAAAGCUGGAAAAGAAACGAGUGAAGAAAAGAAAAGGUGAAGCAAUGGCACUAAACGAAAAACGCAUUUUAGAAAAAGUUAACAGUAGUUUUGUAGUUAGUCUAGCAUAUGCCUAUGAGACCAAGGAUGCGCUGUGCCUGGUGUUGACCAUAAUGAAUGGCGGCGACUUAAAGUUCCACAUCUACAACAUGGGCAACUCGGGCUUCGAUGAGCAGAGGGCCAUCUUCUACGCUGCUGAGAUCUGCUGUGGCCUUGAGGACCUGCACCGUGAGAGGAUAGUCUACAGGGAUUUGAAACCUGAAAACAUCCUUCUGGAUGAUCGUGGACACAUCCGUAUUUCAGACUUGGGUCUUGCUGUUCAAAUCCCUGAAGGAGAGACGAUACGAGGGAGAGUGGGCACUGUUGGAUACAUGGCUCCUGAGGUGAUCCAGAACGAGAGCUACACUGUCAGCCCGGACUGGUGGGGGCUGGGCUGCCUUAUCUUUGAGAUGAUACAGGGUCAGUCGCCCUUCCGCAAGCGCAAGGAGCGUGUCAAGCGGGAGGAGGUGGACAGACGUGUGCGUGAGGACCAGGAGGAGUACUCUGAUAAGUUCUCAGAGGAGGCGAAGGACAUCUGCAGACAGCUCCUGGCUAAAGACCCCAAGGAGCGACUUGGUUGUCAGGGUCGAGGGGCCAUAGAGGUCAAGCAGCACCCUAUCUUCAGAAACAUCAACUUCAAACGGCUGGAGGCCAACAUACUGGACCCUCCCUUCAGCCCUGAUCCUCGGGCCGUAUACUGUAAAGACGUCCUAGACAUCGAGCAGUUCUCCACUGUCAAAGGCGUGAACCUUGACCCCACGGACGACGACUUCUACCACAAGUUUGUCACAGGCAGUGUCUCCAUCCCGUGGCAGAACGAGAUGAUUGAGAUGGAGUGCUUCAAAGAAAUUAAUGUCUAUGAGACUGAUGGGACGCUGUGCUCAGACCUGGACGUGAACCGGCCUAACCCUCCACCAAAGAGAGGCUUCUUCUACCGCCUGUUCAGAAGAGAGGCAAGUGCUAGUGCUCCGCCAAUUGUCCGAGGGGGUGGGGGCUAAGGUCUGUUUUAAGAGCGGUUACAGUGACGAUGAGAUCGAAGAGCCCUCGCGACUUUAAACCACUCCCUCCACCUGCCUCCUCCUCCCCCCUCGCCGCUGAACUUCACCACAAACUCCAACCGAGCGCAAAUCUUAGGAACUCAGUGAAUGUUGACCUGUAUUUAUGAGCUGUAUUAAAAGUGUAUUAUAAUUAAAGAAAAAAGUAUGAGUUUAAAGAUUUUGUACAUUUGUACUUGAAUUUAUGUCUAGAUGUAUAUUUUCACUAAAGGUUGUAUUGUACAAAAAGCCAUAAAAGUACCACUUGAAUGCAUACAUUACAUUUUUAUUUCCUGUUUAUUUUCUUUUGGAAUGAGUAUGGAUAAUGUGUAUUGGGGAGUUUUUUUAAGAAGCACAGUACCAGUAGUCUUUUUAUUUUCUCAAUGUAGCAUAAGGCCUUUUUUUGUUUUUAAAUGUGCUGUAUGUUUGUAUGUCAUUGAUUUGGCCAAUGUGACACGUCAGAUCCACCCGGUCCCACACUAACCUUUGGCCGCCGCACCCCUCAAGGCUCAGGUAGAUCUGAAUGAAGUGCAUAGAUCCAAUUGAGAUUGGGGAGAAAUAAAUCCAGUCUAACAUUGUUGGGUUGAUGCCAUGCUGCUUAAGCCUUCCCAAUAUUUUCCCCAGAUCUCCACCUGCUCCUUUGAUUUUAGUUGGUUUGGAAGCGAUAAUCCCCAUCCUUCCCUCGGCCCAGUUAGUCAGGUUGCACUGGACUGGAUGGCAUGUGUAGUAAACCGUUUUUUAGGUGCCUGUAUCAACUCGAUUCUAGCAAAGAUGGCAUGGAUUUAUUUUCUGACAAUCUAUCAAUCUGACAAGUCAGCAUGUGCAACAAUAAGAAUCUAUUAAAAUACAAAGGAAAUAUUACAGAGGCUUUUUUCCUCGUAAUACGAGGCCUGAUAAUAAUCAUUCCAGGAGCUCUUUUCAGAAAUCUCUCAUGAGCUUCAAAAGACUCAGAACAUUAAUUUCAGAUGCCGGACAGUGUUUCCUUCGGGAUCGCAGCUGUUAAGUCAAAGUCUGUUACAUUAAUCACUCAGGCAAAACUAUUUUUGGUGAUUUAUCUUUAUUCCUCAUCCUUUUUUUUUUUCUUUCCUCUGCUUCUUUUGUUGUACUACCUGGCUUUUCUUUGUUUUGUUUUUUGUUUUUCCUGACGUGUCCAGUUAUUAUGAACCAUGUGUGGAGAGGAAGUCCUUUCCCUUGAAAUAUCCUAGUAAUUUGCCACCCAUGUUUGUAGUAUAACAGAAAGUGUAGGACAGGUUGACUGGAGAAUGAAUUGGAACACAGAGACUGAUGGGGAUGAUGGGACUAUAUCAGAGAUCUGACCUGCAGCUGACAAGGGCUUCAUCUAGAAAACAAAUUGCUGUUGCAUCAAACUAACUUCCAUUGAUUUGGCUGUCAGCAGCUAUUAGCCUCUGCGCAAGAUACAGCCUGCUUUGGCCUUUGUGCCUGUUGAUCACAGAUAGCAGUCGGCCACUUAUCCUACUAGUAGACCUCCAGUUAGAUGCUGUGGCUUUAGCUGUGUUUGUACUAGAUGAAAAUGAGAUUUCUUAACCCUAAUAGCGCCCACCUUUUAAAUAUUCCAUUUAAAUAUGUUGUUCUCAUAGGAAUGACUUGAGACAGUUGCUUGUGUGUGUGUGUGUUUGUGUGUGUGUGUGUAUAGAGGGGGAGGAACAUGUUUAAACUCCUGCCUGCAGAUUUACCAUCAUCUGUGUACAGGAACACUCGACCACUUGCAGAACCACAGUCGUUGUGCACUUUUGUUUCAUCGUAGAAGAAGUGUUUCCUUCCGAGUUAACCGAUCAUGAACAAAUACAUUUUCUGUACAUUUCCCAGCGUGUGCUAAUCAGGAUCCACUAUGUCCACUAUGUGUGUUUGUUCUCAUUGGCAUUUCAGAGGCAUUUGAAGCCAUUUUGCUUUUGAAUUUUGCUUUUGAGGCAGUUGCUGUUUACUCCCCACCACCUGUUUUAAUGCUGUGAAUACUUAAUCUGGACAUGUCCGCUUUGUUUGUGCAAGUGUAUAUUACGCUGUAUGCAAAUGCAGCUUUUGUUCAAAGUAACGCAUUACAACAGUACAAUAGUUCAAAAUCACAUCGGGACUUGAAUGUCACUCAAUUGAAUUUCAAACUAUUCGAGACUUCCUACCUUUGAAAUGGUACGCAUAUAAUCCCCCCUUUGGGUAACUAAUUUGUUGGCCCAUUCUAAAAAAAUGUUGUCCCCUGUUGCACAUUCCAUUAUCAAAAAUCAGGAAUCGAACGUGUGCAUCUAGCUGUUGCUGGCUUGUCGUCACUUGAGUUUCUGAGUGUCUUUUUUGUUAUUUUUUUGUUGCUCUCAGGCACAUUUUGAAGCUGAUUUCUCUUGCCUAUGUAGAUUUUAGCCUCUUAGCUCUUUAGCCUCAAAAACCUUGUAAAUGAUGUAUUUCUAACAUGUAACUAAGCUCUAACACACAUUCACUCACUCUCACAGGGAAACAUAACUGUGUUUGCCACCCAUGCCUCUGUCAUUGUUUGAACUUUACUCUUAUACCAUCCAUAUAGCAGUAAAGAGAUAUCUGUUUAGUUUCAUUGCACUAUGGUGUGUUUUGACAAUGACUAUAGGAAGUGUCUUUAACUUUUUGCCAAUGAUACCAAAAGCAACAUUAAGUAAAUCCAACUUGUUUUGUUAUCUGAAAAAUUGACUGAAGAAAGACUGUCAGCCUUUAUUGUAUGUGCCAAUUACCAACUUAAGUUCUGACAUCCCGCCUUUUUUUCAACCUUUCAACCAUUCCGUCCAUUCUGAGAGAAAUUCCUUCACAUAGAGGAACUUUAAACAGCUCAACAGUUUUGAAUGUCCGCACUAAGUGCAUUGUAAUGCCUGUUUUAAAAAAUACAUAUGUUUUAUUACUCAA